AUGGCGUCCUCCAGGAAGAAACGUGCUGAAGAUGAUAUAGAAAAUAAAGAGGAAAUGAACAAUGUUGAAGAUGAUUUUGAUGAAGCGGGUUCUGGAGAUGAAUUGAUGGACCAACAAAUGGAAGUUGAGUUUGAAGCAAGAAUGCCACAAGAUUCAGACUUUCAUGGAAUAAAGACACUCCUCCAGCAGCUGUUUUUAAAAGCUAAUGUUAAUUUAUCAGAACUGACAAAUACCAUUAUAUCACAGAACUACAUUGGUAAUGCAAUAAAGCAACUAAAUGAUGAUGAUGAAGAUGAUGAUAGUGAAAAUGGUUUUGAUGAUGGUGAUCCAGUAUUUGGUAUUAUGUCAGCUAUAAAUCUCACAGAAAGACAAAAUGAUUUAGCAUGUGUAAGAGAGAUUAUAUCCUGGUUAUCAGAGAAAUGUGAAUCAGCUGGUGAGGAUGGAAGAAAAAUCUUUGAAGUACUAAAUAACAAGGAAUGUCAUGUUGGUUUAUUAAUAAGUGAAAGAUUUCUCAAUAUACCUAUUGAAAUAGCAGCACCAUCUUAUGAAUCUUUACGGAAGGAUAUGACUAAAGCUAACAAGAAAAAUAUGAAUUAUAAUUUUGGUUAUUAUGUAUUAAUAAGUAAAUGUUAUCGAGCUAGAGUAGAGGGAGGAGAUAGUCUAUUAAAUAAUCAGAUGUUUUACAGUAAUCCUGAAGAUGAAAUAUUAAAUGAGGUUAGUAUUGUUUCAGUAAGUUUUAGUGUAGCUAAAGAAAGAGAUAAUAUUGUUGGUGGAAGUUGGGAUGAUGAUGAUGAUAGUAUGGAGGCUAUGAGAUCUGUGAUGGUAUUUACUGCUGAUAAAUAUGAUUCUAUUAUACAAACUUUAAAAACACAACUUGCCACUUAA